UAGUUCAUUAGUGGCGUUGUCGUUGUCAUAUGUAGGCGUGUUCAGUUGGAGUUACUAAUUGUUACGACUUGACGUGAGUUUCAAAGUUCUCGUAAAGUGAUCUUCAAUAUCUAAGAAAAUGGCAAACAAAACAAGUUUUCAUAUUUUAUUAAUAGUAUUAUUCGUUUUCUGUUGUAUUCAGCAAGGAUUAUCUAUCAAAUGCUGGGUUUGCAGAUCCGAUUCUGAUCCAAAAUGUGCAGAUCCAUUUGAUAAUACCACUGUACCCAUAACUGACUGUAAACAAGAACCUGACUUAGAGCAUUUGCCAGGUGUAAGGCCUACCAUGUGUCGUAAAAUUCGUCAAAAAGUCAACGGUGUAUGGAGAUAUUUUCGUAGUUGUGCGUAUAUGGGAGAACCAGGAAUUGAGGGGGAUGAAAGAUUUUGCCUUAUGAGGACAGGGACGUAUAAUAUAUUUAUGGAAUAUUGUACUUGCAAUAGCAAAGAUGGCUGCAAUGCAGCCUCGUACAAUCACAAAAGCAUAUUUACUUCAAUUAUAGCUUUAGCAAUUUCGUUAAGAUAUAUACUUGUUUAUACUUUAUAGUGUUGGCCAUGUCGACAGAGCUAACUAGACAAUAUAUAUUUGAACAUAUUUUUUUUACAACAUAAAGAUUCUCUUGUACUUACUAAUGCAACAUUCUUUUCAACAAUCAUAUGAUCUGAACUUCAGGGAAGUAGAAUAUUCCAGUUACAAAUUAGAUCAUACUCAUUCAAAAACCAUUUUGUACCAUUGAACAAUUCUUUUUUAUAAGUGUUUUAAAGUGCCUCUCUGUGCCUUACUACCUACCAAGAUGAUAAUGAACAAGGUAUUUUUAAGACAGUUUUUUAGUAAUAUAGAAUAUUGCAAAGAUACAUUUUUAUCUUUUCUCAGAGUAUUGCAAUUUUUUAGAGAAAUAUAUUUUUAUUAAUAUAGUAUAAUUUUUAAUCCAAGCACAUAUAUGCUUGUAUCAUACUUACUGUUUAAUUUAGACUUGGUUAGUACAAAAGAUUGAACAUUAUACCAAACAAAUGUAUUGAAUAGUGUUAAUAUUUAGCACAAUAUAAAUAAGACUGUAAAUUCUGUCUAUUAGAAACUUAUAAAUUUAGUAUUAGUAUGAUACGAUUGGGCCUUUUUGUAUUUUUGUAUGCAUUUUCUAGAAGUGGUUAACGUUGCCACAGAAAUAAAGCUAUGAUUGCUUGCAUAAUAUAUCAUUCCCUUAUAUAUGUUUUGUACAUGUGUAUGAUGAAAAAGAGAAUGAAUAAAGCGAUAUGGAAAACA